AUGGCAGAUCAAAGUAAAGUUGAAAGUGAAACUGAAGAGAUGCCGGCUGCAAGCAAUACAGAUCCCAGCACCGAGCAGAAGGAUCGUCUCAUAGCAGCAGUGAAGAAGGAAGUCAAACAUUUAAUGGAAGAGGCUGUCACACGCAAGUUUGUCUACGAGGACAGCGGCGGCGUUACUGCACUAUGCGGCUCUGUCGAGGCUUGCCUUGGGCAAGGACUCCGCAGGCGAGCACUUGGCCUCUUCAAAACCAGCUCCACUACGGCGUUGCUACACAAGAUUGCUAAGGCGCUUAAGGCAUGCAAUAUUUCCAUACAAAGUGCUCAGUCAUUAAAACACCUUAUGUUGCGUCAUUCGGCGUUUGACUGGUGGGAAAGAGUCCUCAAUAAUCCUUUACAUAAUGUUUGA